AUGGACGGAUUCUCUUUCCCACCACCUCCUCCGCCUCCACCAAAAGCAGCAUCAUCAUCAUCCUCACAACCAGAAACUCCCAACCAAUUCAGCAACCGAGGAGGUAGAGGCGGCCGAGGAGGACGUGGGAAUCAUGGUUCAUCCAGAGGUCGAGGAGGCGCACCCCAGCGAGGUGGAGGAAACUUCCAACAUCAAAACACCAAUUCUACUGGAUAUGGACAAAAUACUGGCAACCCGGGUUAUGGCAAUCAACAGCAACAAUACCGAAAUCCCUCGCAAUAUCAGAGCAAUCAAUAUUACCAGGCGCUGCAACAGUAUCAACCUCCUCAGCAAUAUCAAGCGCCACCUGGAUCCUAUAUAAACCCUGCAUUUGGUGGCAUGCAAGCUCAGGCCUAUUCUCAUCCUCAGAUGCCACAAUACGGACAGCAAACUGUAUAUGAACAUAGUAACCAACCAUCCUAUGGGACCCCUAAUCAUGCCAGUUCACCACCUGGUGGGAAACGUACACGAGAUCAGGCUUUCGGCAGCUCAAACAGAGGACAUCCCAUGAAGAAGCCUUCAAGCGCACCAAAGGCUCAAGUUGCGCCCGCGGUCCCUAGCUUCGGUGCCCCGAUUCUCCCACAGAAACCUCAAGCACCGCUCUCAUCGGGAGGAGGUCUAAAACAACGGCCCUCAACUGGACUAGGCCUUAUCCCGCAAACCUACGGAACACCAGAAAACUCAGAUCACGAAGAGGACGAAGACGAAGAAGAAGUCGACGAAGAAGCCGCUUUGAGUGCCUUGCAAGACGGACCUCAGAGUUUCGAAUUCAAUGGAGAAUUAUCUACAUUGGGUUCUGCAGCAGAUAUCGACGAAUGGAUUGAAGAGCGCAAGAAGCGCUGGCCCAGUAAACGCAGAGUAGAGGAGAAAGAGAUAGAAGUUCAAUCUCGUAUGGAGGAGCGCAGGCGUAUUGAGCAAGAGACUCGAGCAGCUAUUGCUAGUGCUUCGGGAGGCGAGUAUCAACCUGUGGAAAGAAGGGAUGAUCGCCAGCAGAGACAGAUGAGGAAACCUGCAACUGAGAGACAAGCAAGACAGAACGAAGGUUCGACCGUUGAAGGUACACAUAAGGAACUCGAACUUCAAGUGCAGAAGGUGGACGAGCUGCAGACACUUUUGGCCGAGAAGGGACAAGAUCAGGGACAAACUGCCACUGAAAGAGCUGAGCAAGCUAUUGAUGAAACAGAACAAGCCGAGCAAGCAGCAGCAGCAACAGAAGACAUGAACGCUGACCAAGCCUUGAAAACACCAGGUCAAGACAUUGCCGCAGACGACCAACAUCUCUCAGACUCAGACAGCGAUGCACCCCCGAAGAAACCUCUUCGAAACUCUCACAUCCAAUUCGCAUACAAGCACGAUGCGUCUUCUGGGCAGGAAAAGGGAAAGAGGAAGACAUUGUACCAGAGGCUUGUUGAGCAGGAGAUGGAUGAGGAGAAUAAGCUUGCAUUGCAGGCCAUCAAGUAUCUUGGUGGUGUUGGCUUCUUUUCCAAGCACGCGGCUUCUACAUGA